GAUCUUUUUGACAACUACAUGCAGCAGGAUGCUCACGAAUUUUUGAAUUACUUGCUGAACACGGUUGCCGACAUUCUACAAGAGGAGAAGAAGCAGGAAAAACAAAACGGCAAGCUGAAAAACGGCAACAUGAACGAAGCGGAAGAGAACAACAAACAGGAGCUCACCUGGGUGCACGAGAUUUUUCAAGGAACCUUGACCAAUGAAACGAGAUGUUUGAACUGCGAAACUGUUAGCAGCAAAGAUGAAGAUUUUCUUGAUCUCUCUGUUGAUGUAGAACAGAACACGUCCAUAACUCACUGUUUAAGGUAA